AUGUGCACCAGGACUUCGAAUUCCGUCAAUGUUGAGGCCGAAUUCUGCCCUGAAGCAAUCGAGAAGUGGCUUGCGAUACUGCGGGAUGGAAUCAAGAAGGACGAGGGUUAUCUCCGGUCGGAAUUCUCGCUGAAGGCGAAGAAGCAUUUAUCGGCGCUCGGUUGGAAAUUCCACUACGUUAUGAAAGAGAAGAGGCGAGAGUUGCGGUAUGUGUCUCCAGAGGGAAAGUGCUUUUACUCUCUCGCGACCGCUUGCGUGGAAAUCGCUCGAGAGAAUGCGCCAAAGCCUCGAAAUCUUGCGCUACAAGAAACAUCUGGCGGUAGAGAAUCAUUACCUAAAUCGAAGAAAAGGAAAAGGAAAGGACAGAGACCGAAGGUCCGGUCUAAUUCGAAGAGAAGGAAGAGGGAAGUGCAGGGAACCGAGGAUUGCUUCAAUGGCGAUGAGUUGUCUGUUGGUGGUGGAACUCCAGAAGAGGAAACUCGGACAAGGGAAGAGGAGAUCGAGAAUGAGGUCAAGCCCGGAAUGGGGAAGUCGCUCAAAAAGGUUCUGGAACUGAAGGAAGGGCAGAAGCCUCAGAGAUCAUCGACGAGGGUUCAGUCCCGUUCCCAUGAUGCCACGGAUGAUAUGAACGUAGACACUUGCUCUAUCUGCCACUGGGGUGGUGAGUUGGUUCUCUGUGAUGGCUGCCCAUCAGCUUUCCACUACGGUUGCAUUGGUUUGAAGGGUCUUCCCGAGGGAAAUUUCUGGUUCUGCCCUUCUUGCUGCUGCGGAAUUUGCGGAUCCAGGGAAAGCACACGCGAUAGCCUUGUGACUUGCGAGCAAUGCCAAACCAAAUUCCAUUUCGGGUGCGGGAAACAGGACCUAGAAGUCUCGUGCAAAGGCCUGUUCUGCAAUACUCAGUGCCAAAACGUGUACUCUGCCGUCGAGAAUCUCUUGGGGAAGAAGAUUCCUGUUAAAGGCGGAGAUCUGGUCUGGAGAUUGAUAAGAGGUCCAGCCGAGGAGGAAUACUACGACGUCAAACUGAUCUCCAAGCUCCAUCGCUGCGUCAAGCUACUGCACGAAUGCUUCGAGCCUCUGAAAGAUCCAUUUACGGGCAGAGACCUCGUCCAAGACAUGAUCUUUGGGGGAGAAUCCAUGCGGGCAAGAAUAAACUCCCACCGUUUUUACACCGUCGUUCUCUUAAAGAAGAAGAAGAUCGUUACAGUAGCGACGGUGAGAGUACACAAGGACACAGCCGAAAUCCCGUACGUGGCGACAGCUCUCAAGUACAGGAAACAUGGGAUGUGUCGGACUAUGAUGACGGAGCUGGAGAAGCAGAUGUCGAUGGUCGGAGUCCGGAGACUGGUUCUUCCCGCCAUGACAGAUGUGUUGAAAACUUGGACAGAACGGUUCGGGUUUUCGGUAAUGGAAGAGACAGAGAGAUCGAAUCUUCAGAAACACAGUUUUCUUGAUUUCUACGGUACCGUGAUGUGCCAUAAGUUCCUCAUGAGAAGACCGAAUUCAUCUGAAUCGAACCUGACAGAGGAAGAACAGAGAGUGUGA